GCGAAGGCGCUUCCGGAGGCGGGAGGUCGCGGCGUGGAGCGGCGCUGCCCGGAGCGGUGCGGGCCGUGCGGGAGCGGCGGAGCGGCGGGGCCAGUGCGCGGCGCGCUGCGGGGGGAGGCACCGGCCGGCUCCGCCAUGUCCUACUGCAGGCAGGAAGGAAAAGACAGAAUUAUAUUUGCGACCAAGGAGGACCAUGAGACACCGAGCAGUGCUGAGCUGGUUGCAGAUGACCCAGAUGACCCUUAUGAAGAACAAGGAUUGAUAUUGCCCAACGGAGAUAUCAAUUGGAAUUGCCCGUGUCUGGGUGGAAUGGCCAGUGGUCCCUGUGGGGAACAGUUCAAGUCAGCCUUUUCUUGUUUCCACUAUAGCACAGAAGAAAUAAAGGGAUCGGACUGUGUGGACCAAUUCCGUGCCAUGCAGGAAUGCAUGCAAAAAUACCCAGAUCUUUACCCUCAAGAGGAUGAAAAUGAAGAGAAGUCCAGCAAAGAUUUGGAAGCUGCUUCUGUGGAGGCCUCUGCUGCCAAAGAGGAGAAGGGAUCUAGCUAAUGAAGAUGCAAGGAGGCUCUCGUCUCCAUUUCUCAUGUUCAGAGACAUGGACUUUUGCAGUGUGUCUGUCUCCUGAGUAGUGAGGAAAUGUUUCACCAUGUUCUGUGCACUAUAUCAUAGUAAAUAAUUUAUUGGCGAAGGAGAAAUCUCAGAGCUACAACCUUGCAAAUAAAUACUGCAGAAGGAGUGAGUGUGUGUAUGUACUGUGUAACCUGCUACCAGACACAGUUAAUACUUUAACAGCUGUUUUUUACCCUCAAGUUUUCCUUGAGUUUUGACUUGAAUAAUGUCUUGAAAUACAUAGCUUUCAGCUAAAUUUCCACUGGUACACCAGGUCUGUCUUCAUUUCAGUGUGUUCUGAUCAAUAGCUGCUCUUUUUGAAUGUAUUCUGUUCCAUCAAUAGAAACUGCAUUAAAUGAUUGUUUUUCUUUAAAGAACUGUUUAGUUUGGUUUUUUUUUUUUUGCCAGAGUGAUACAGGACAUUGAAAAUGGCAUAAAUCUAGAAUUUCUCAAAUAAUUUCAAAUGGUCCUAACUAGAUUAUGGUUGCAUUUUAGUACUGGCAUCAGAUCAGGACUGCCAGAAAAAUGUUGAAAUGCACAUCUUUGAUUUGAUUUACUUAUUGUGAUGGGUUUUGCAUUUUUAAAAAUAGUGUGUUGUGCAACUGAUGAUAAAGAUGAAUGGAAAGAAUGUUGGUCACUAGCUUUAUUUUUGCUCUGAAACCACAAGGUUUGGGUUUCUUCAGUACCUGCUCCUGCAAUGUAUAGAUGGACACUUGUAAAAUACUUUGAGAAUACAAUAAAUUGUUACCUGGUGUAAUGAUCUCAAAAUAGAUACUGUGACUUAAAUGCAUAUUAAAAAGCAAAUACUUUUUACCUUCA